CUCCCGGCCCCCGGGCUGGACCGAGGGCCGCCGCGGCCUGGGGAGACAGAAGUAGUGGGCGGCAGGCCGGCGGCCACCUGCUGCUUUCCUCCUCCCUCCCCUCCUCUUCCUGAAUGCUGGAAGAUGCUUUUGUUCCUGAGCCAGCUCUGGUGGCUCCCUCCCCCUUGCUGCACGAUCCUGGGGCGCGUUCAGGUCGCUGGACCACGUAAAGGGGGCCCCGGCCACGUGCUGGGCGCGGGCCGGUACUGGGGGCCCGGGCCCAGAAGCUGCCGGCUGGGGCCGAUCGGGGCGGGGGUGCUGGGGGUGCUGCGCGUGCACCCCGCAGUGGGGUCGCUCAUGGGCCUUGGCUGCAGGAGGGCGGUGAGCAGGGGAGGGAGGGCAGCUGUCAGGACCAGCGCGGGGCUGGCUUCCCCGAAGAGCAGCGGCCCUGUUGGGGCCCGGAGGGAGCGGGCUUGCGGGCAGCCUGUCUCCGACGCGGGCACUGCCCGUGUCUGUUGCGAUGAAGCCUGGAUCCGCGUGGAUCCGCGCGGCUCUGUCCGCCGGGUCAGUGAGGAGGUCCGAGGCCCUCGUUUUCCACACGUGUCUAGGCGGAAGGCUGAAGCGGGUCUCUCUGGCUCUGGUCCUUUGUUAACUGAACAGUUGCCUCUGCAGCACCUGCUGCGUGUCCUGGCCGUGGAGCUGGGAGUGGGACCCCGCGACUCCUGUAGUUACAGGUGGUGACAUUCACAGAGAAGCUCAGGGGUCUGCGAGGGCCAGUAAUGGGGUGCUGGGCUGAGGCUGGGGCAGGUCAAGGAGGGCCUUUCUGAAAGGGUGCCACUGAGCUGGGCCCUGGCAGUGGAGCUGAAGGGAGCUGUCCGGGCAGGGGCAUCCCGUGCAGAGGCCGCAGGAGGCCGAGCCAAGGGCAGCAUGGCCAGAGCACCUGGAGAAUAACGUUGAUCCACCUCCUGUCCCCAUCUCUACGCGGGCCUCUCAGGGCCUCCGCCACAUGGGGCCUUCCUCUGAGUCCCUAGACCUGAGUAUGGGGAAAAGCUCCGAAGAGGCUGGACAGAUGGAACUCCAGCUUUCCUGUGACUCCACUGAGAGCCCCAGUGGGAAGAAGUUCCGGAGCAAGCCCCAGCUGGCACGGUACCUGGGGGGCUCCAUGGACCUGAGCACCUUCGACUUCCGGACGGGCAAGAUGCUCAUGAGCAAGAUGAACAGGAGCCGCCAGAGGGUCCGCUAUGACUCCUCGAACCAGGUCAAGGGCAAGCCCGACCUGAACACGGCCCUCCCCGUCAGACAGACGGCUUCCAUCUUCAAGCAGCCGGUGACCAAGAUCACCAACCACCCCAGCAACAAGGUGAAGAGUGACCCCCAGAAGGCUGUGGAGCAGCCUCGGCAGCUUUUCUGGGAGAAGAAGCUGAGUGGCCUGAAUGCCUUCGACAUCGCUGAGGAGCUCGUGAAGACCAUGGACCUCCCCAAAGGCCUGCAAGGCGUGGGACCUGGCUGCACAGAUGAGACCCUGCUGUCGGCCAUCGCCAGCGCCCUGCACACCAGCACCAUGCCCAUCACGGGGCAGCUGUCAGCCGCCGUGGAGAAGAACCCGGGGGUGUGGCUCAACACGGCCCAGCCCCUCUGCAAGGCCUUCAUGGUGACCGACGAGGACAUCAGGAAGCAGGAGGAGCUGGUACAGCAGGUGCGCAAGCGGCUGGAGGAGGCCCUGAUGGCCGACAUGCUGGCCCACGUGGAGGAGCUGGCCCGGGACGGUGAGGCGCCGCUGGACAAGACCGGCGCGGACGAGGAUGAUGAGGACGACGAGGACGAGGACGAGGACGAGCCCGACCAGGACCAGGAGAUGGAGCAUGUUUAGAGCAGGUGCUGGCUGGCUGGUGGUUUCAGGAUGCAGCUGGCGCUUGGACGGUGACCGUGGGGAUGAGGGACAUGCCCAGGGUCCUGGGGCCUGCGCCAUGCAGGGUGGCGGCUGUGCCGGUCUCCCCGUCGGGGCACUGAUGGCGCCCUCUCCCUGUCUUCCCAGAGGCCCCGUGGAGCCCUGCCUGCGGGGAGCCACUGCCAAGUCCAGCUUUGCCACACUUGGACCAGGCUCUGUGGCCCAGCCCAGGAGGAUGGCGGCCCCUCCUAGGCCUUCCCAGGCGUGUCCCCUCCCCCAGGCCCACAGGGGCAUGGCUGGAGGACAGCCCCUGCCUGAUGGGCCCCCACGUUUGCUCUUCUCUGAACGGCCUGGGUCCGGAAGUGCCAGUCGCCCCCGGGCCCCGCCUGCAGGAGGCCAUCCUCGGAGCCAUCACUCCACACUGGACUCGGGACCGGCCUCGUCCCCACGGCCGCCUCACACAGGACAGCUGCCCCCAGGCGGCCUGCGAGGUCCCCCAGGGGCUGGAGGAACUUUUUCUGGGACAGUCAAGCUGCGGGACGAUAUUCCAGGGUCGACACAGGAGCCCUCCAGGUGCAGGCUGGCUCCCCUGCGUGCCCCCAGCGGGCGAAGCCGUCGUGGCUCCGAGCGGCACACACCAGGCGUCCUUCAAUAAAGCUGUGACGCCAGUGAGGCUGGACGUCCGCAUGACUGCUUAGCCUUUGUGUGUGCUGCACGUGGACGCCAGCCCUGGCCUCCGUGCCGGGAAACCUCGCCGUCCCCACGCGCCCAGCCCUGCCUGAGGGGCAGCCAGCCCCCGGGACGGAGAACUCGUGACUCGCCCAGCGGGGCUCCAAGGCAGCUGCGCCGGCGGCCGGCAUCCGCGUCCCCCUCCCCCCCGUGUCGCCGGGACAGUGACACCCCUCGCUUGGGGCCAGAGCUGGCGCUGGGGCCGCGGCUCCUCGGAGCCCCCGGCCUGGGGUGUGUUGUGCGGCCCGGCGAUUCCCGGUGCCCGGAGCCACGGCCCCUGGGAGCCCUGGGCACGGAGUCAGCGUGGAGUUCGUUCGUCCCGCACCCUCCAGCCCCGAGUGCCUUGGGCGGGGCAGCCACCCUGUCCCUGCGCGGCCCCGACCCACAGCCUGAGACCGUCAGGCAGGACCCGGGUUGCUGCCUCGUGUGGCCGUCACCCUGGCCGGCCCGGAGGGUGGGCAGAUGGCGGAGCCCCUGCACCCCAGGACGCCAGCCCCGGCCGGCCGGCAGCAUCCCGCUGGUCCAGUCAAAGCACAGCUCCUCGGGAGCCACCCCCAAGGCCGAUGUCGUCCUGCCCCUCACGGAGGCUGCACCCGCUGAGGGAGCUGUGCCUGGGGCUGGCCCCUGCGUGGGCCUGAGGCCCGGAGCCCUGCUCAGCGGGAGGGACCGCGGGGCCCGGGAGGCACCCCGUCCUGUGGGCGACCGUUGAAUAAAGCCAUCUCGGUGA